GGGCUGCGGGCCCCGGCGGCAGGCCCGCCGAGGCGGCCGCAGUGGGCCGCAGGGCGCAGGUGGCGGCCGAGGCUAAGGACCGCGAGGAGAGCCAGCGGCGCGCGGCAGAGGCCGAAGCUGAGGCUGCCGCCAUCGUUGGCGAGGAGACUGCGGCCGAGCGCAUCGCGCGCAUGAAGGCGGAG